AUGCCUUCCAACUGUCCGUCUCAACGGAUCUUGUGGAUGGUGUCCGAUUGUAAGCUGCUCUCCAUCUUCUCCUUUUGCCUCCGCUUCCCUUUGAACCUUGCCAAAAACAUCACGUCAUCGCGUAGGACCAACAUUCUGAUAUCAAUGCAGUCCUCUACAUGUCUCCCUCUUCCUAAAGACCGCCUUUCUAGAGCUUUCCCGCUGUUGACCCCUGUCAGAUACAAAGGUAUCUGCGCCCUGGGAUCUGAGCGUUUCGAGCUGAGGACUAGCGGCCUGGGAUGCCAAGUAUCCACGAUUACAUUCUUGACUGCCAUUGUCACUAUCUUCGCAACCAUUUUUGGGCUCUUGGUCAUCUAUGGCCUAGCAAAUGUGAUCAGGUGGAUGUAUCUAGCUAUCAAGGGAAGCAACAAUGGCUGGGUACAGUAUGAAGAUGGUACGGGCGAGAUCUGGGUCCGAAAGGAAAGCUGGGGCAGGUGGUGGAGGAGAGUUACUGGACAGCAGAAAGAGUACGAGAUUGAGGAGGUUGAUGAGGGAACGCAUGAGAGGGGCUGGAAUUGGUGGAGAGCCGUGAAGAGCAGCGUCAAUGGCACGGCGGCGGAUGAGGGCAGGGUGCGGUUGGAGUGA